ACAAAUUCGAGAGCCAUUGGCAAUAUUUCUCCUCACCCGCAUUUCACGACUCUCACUCUCCAAAAUGGCCAAGCAAGUCUAUAUCGCUGUAAUCGGCCUCGGUGGCGUGGGUAAGGCCUUCCUGUCCCAGCUCGACUUCCUCCGCCAGCGCCUGGCAACCCAAAAUCCGCCGAUUGACCUCCGACUCAUCCUGGCCCGCCGCAGCAACAAACAGCUCUUCUCGCAGGACUUUUCACACUUGAACAUUCAGACAGUCGCCAAUGACUUGGAUAGCAAGGGAACACCUCCACCAACGUUCAACGAGACCUUUGGGCAAUUAGCACGAGCUCCUGGCAAGGUUGUGCUCAUAGACAACACGAGCGAUGUCGGUCUCGCCAGCUUGUAUCCUAUGGUUCUGCAGAGGGGCAUCAGCGUUGUGACACCAAACAAGAAGGCUUUCAGCGACAAAUAUGAACUGUGGGACAGCAUCUUCAAGAGCGCUGCCAACGGAACGGGCUCACCGACCAACGGCUAUGUCUUCCACGAGUCAACCGUAGGCGCUGGUCUGCCUGUGCUGAGCAGUCUGCGAGAGCUGGUCGAUACUGGUGAUGAGGUGACAAAGAUUGAGGGUGUGUUCUCGGGCACAAUGUCAUUCUUGUUUAACUCUUUCCAGCCACUUGGUGGAGGAGGCGGCAAGUUCGCUGCUGAGGUGAAGAGGGCUAAAGAGCUUGGUUACACAGAGCCUGACCCACGAGACGAUCUCAACGGCCUCGAUGUCGCUCGGAAGCUCACAAUCCUGGCCCGUAUUGCUGGUCUGCCUGUUGAGUCACCGACAUCCUUCCCUGUGCAAUCACUCAUCCCAAAAGAGCUCGAAUCCGCCAGCUCCGGAGACGAGUUCUUGCAGGAGCUACCAGAAUUCGAUGCGCAGAUGGAUCAGAUCAAGGACGAGGCCACCAAGGAGGGCAAAGUCAUUCGAUUCGUGGGGAGUAUCGACGUGCCAUCCAAGCAGGUCAAAGUCGGGCUGGAGAAGUUCGAUGCUUCACACCCGAUCGCUGCUCUUAAGGGCAGCGAUAACAUCAUCAAUUUCUACACAAAACGCUACGGCAGCAACCCUCUCAUCAUCCAAGGCGCUGGCGCUGGAGGCGAUGUAACUGCCAUGGGCGUUACAGCAGAUCUCCUGAAGGUUAUUCGAAUGCUGUGAUAGACAAACUUAUAGUACGAAAGCGUUGAUUGCAGCUUUGUGGUAGUCCUUCAUGACAGCACCGCGCACCAAUUGGGGCAACUCAAAAGUCCAUUGUCUCGGUACCAGUGCUAUCUCUUGUGAAAAGCUAUGGAGUCAUCAGUGGAGAGUCUGAUGCUUGGUCGCAUUGCUCCGGCCUUCGAUGGACUUUAGCUUUUCGUCAACGAUUACUUCGAACGUCCCAAUACGAAGCAUGUUGGCAAGGAAGCUCUCAGACCUUGUCAGCAAGCCCUAAGCCUCUGUUCCUGAACACUGUUUGUCCCUACGUCACCC